ACAUUCCUCAUUUCAACUAAAGAGUUCGCAGAAUCGCCUUAAACAAAUUUUUUCGCCGCUUGUGAAGUUUCGGAGGUUUUUGGAUUUUUGAUUACAUCAGGCAGUCAAAAUGAGUAUCCUCACCUACAAUGGAGGUGCAAUGAUAGCAAUGAAGGGUAAGAAUUGCGUAGCAAUAGCCGCGGAUCGACGAUUUGGAGUUCAGCUGCAAACUUUGGCGACCGACAUGCAAAAGAUCUACGAAAUGGGACCCCAUAUGUACGUCGGUCUUCCCGGCCUCGUCACCGACAGCCAAACCGUCAUGGAAAGACUCCGCUUCCGACUAAACCUGUACGAACUCAAAGAGAACCGUAGAGUCCAUCCGAAAACUUUUGCCGCGAUGGUCUCGAAUCUCCUCUACGAGAGGAGAUUUGGCCCCUACUUUGUCGAGCCGAUGAUUGCUGGACUGGAUCCGGUCACUUUUGAACCCUACGUCUGCAAUAUGGAUCUGAUUGGCUGUCUGAACGAGCCCAAUGACUUUGUCGUCGGCGGCGGCUGCUCGGAGCAACUCUACGGCAUGUGCGAAGCACUCUACGAGCCGGACUUGGAGGCGGACGAUCUCUUUGAAACCAUCAGUCAGGCGCUGGUGAAUGCCUGUGAUCGGGACGCCGCUUCCGGUUGGGGUGCAGUCGUCCAUGUUAUAGAGAAGGACAAAGUUACAACUAGAAUGGUGAAGACUCGAAUGGAUUAAGGAUUUUUUUUAUUCCAAUUAUUUUAAUUACGUCUUAUAUUUUGAAAAAUAAAAAAGUUCUACUCGA